AUGUCUAACGCCUUUCGUAUUGAAGAUCUCGAUGCAUUAAAUACAAGAAAAAUUCAUGAGUUAACAAGAACUGAACUCGAUACCAUCAAAUUUCUUCAAGAUGUUAAACUAUUACCGAUGGUUCCUCGCCCAGUUGAUCAAUGUCGUAAUAAAUGCAACGACUGGAGACUUGAGAAACGAUCCCUUGCAGCUGACGGUGAUUGA